AUGCUGCAAUCACGGCUGCUGCUGCGGCAGCCCCCAAAGGGAAAGACUACAUGUCAAUUCCUGACACGAUUCUUUGCCACAACUAUCGAACCGGCGAAGGUCAGCCCUCCGUCAACAGGCUUUGCACCUCCUCCGACCGUUGAUGAUGGAGAUUCUACAUUCAGGAUGCGGACAUAUAAGCCUCGAACUCCCGGUGUGCGACAUUUGAGGCGGCCCAUCAACGACCAUCUGUGGAAGGGGAGACCUUUUCUACCAUUGACGUUUGCAAAGAAGGGUCAUGGGAAAGGAGGAAGAAAUAAUAGCGGUCGAGUCACAAUCCGCCACCGUGGUGGUGGCCACAAGAGAAGGAUACGGACUGUGGAUUUCUCGAGAAUGGCACCUGGGAAGCACACUGUGGAGCGCAUCGAGCAUGACCCGGGACGAACUGCACACAUUGCAUUGCUGAAUGAGGAAGCUACCGGCAGGAAGAGCUAUAUUGUGGCUUGUGAAGGAAUGAGAGCUGGAGAUGUGGUUCAGAGCUACCGAGCUGGUAUCCCUCAGGAGCUCCUGGACAGUAUGGGAGGAGUGGUGGAUCCUGGUGUAUUAGCUGCGAAGACCGCCUGGCGGGGUAAUUGUCUGCCGCUUCACAUGAUUCCCAUUGGGACCAUCAUCUACAAUGUUGGAUCGACGAAAGGGAAGGGGGCCGUCUUCUGCCGAAGUGCAGGUACCUACGCUGUGGUUAUGUCUAAGGACGACGAGACUACGAGUGGCGGCAAAAAAUAUGUGACCGUUCGUCUGCAGAGUGGUGAAGUGCGGAAAGUGAGCAGAGAUGCUUGUGCUACGAUCGGUGUGGCUAGUAACCCUCAUUACCAACAUACUCAACUCGGUAAGGCCGGACGAAAGAGAUGGUUGAACAUUCGACCAACAGUCAGAGGUGUCGCCAUGAAUGCCGCUGACCAUCCACACGGUGGUGGACGUGGAAAGUCGAAGGGUAACGUCAACCCUGUCAGCCCAUGGGGUAUGCCUGCGAAAGGAGGAUACAAGACUCGAAAGGUCAGAAAACCAAACAAGUGGGUUGUGACCGCGCGCGAGAGAAACCAUGGGAAGCGGAGAGUCAAGUAG